AUGUCAUUGCUAAUCACCCUCGAAGGAAUAGAUGGGAGUGUAAUUAUUGAUCGAUAUAUUGAUAGCACUUUGGUUUAUCAAGGUUUAGAGGGAAAAUUAGGAGUUAAUAUCAUCCAAGAAGUUGCUAAAAAAACUAUCGACUUGCCUUUGCCUGACAUUACUUUUGUCUUAGAUAUUGACCCCCAACAAGCUCAAGAAAGGUUAAAAAAAAGGAAAUUAGCCACUGGCGAAAUUCAUCUUGUUAAGGCUGAUCAAACAGAGGAAGCAAUUUUAACUGAGGUGCAGGACAUAAUCAAGCAAGUUUAUUUGCCAAACAAAGAAGUUGUUUUACCUCAAUAUGUUCGGCCAGGAGAAACUCCGGAAUUAGCCGCCAAAAGGGAACUGUUCGAAGAAACUAAUUUAGUAGUGGAAAAUCUGGAAAAAAUUAUGGAAGAAAAUAUCUUUUAUGCCAAUUUGCCAAAAGAUAAACAACACUGA